CUGAAGGAUUGUUCUGGAAACGUCAUUGUUUCAGUUUCUCUGUGCUGCUGUUCAAUAAACGUUUGUCGUGUUUUCAAGUGACAAACGUGUUUUUUGUUUACUUGACGACAGCUAACGUCACUUAAACCGCUUUGUAUCCGCGGGUUUCCAUGGAGACGGAGGAUUAACUAACCCAGCCGGCCGCCGUCAGCGCACCGGGACGAGCUCAAAGAUCCACAGUCAGACUGGAACCUGUGACAUCGUGCUUCAUGGUCGACAUCUCAACCCCUCGGACACAGAGUUCCUCCUGUUCACACCUACCUUAAAAAACCUGGUUCAGCUUUAUUAGCAGAUACUGAUGUGACCGUUAAAUACAGCUGUCUGGUCCAGAGAUGGAGGAGCAGAGGGAGGCGGGAGGAGGUGCAGACUCUCAGGAGAACAGAGGAGGUAUCAGGUAUAUAACAGAGGAGUUGCUGUUGAAGCUCUCUGGUUCUUCGUCUCUGGUUCUGGUUCGUUCUCUGAAUCUGUCGUCAUCAGCUGGAGAAAAACACAUCAAGUUUAUAGAGAACCUGCACAGCUGUCAGCGUCUGCAGGUUUUAAACUUGAACCACAACCUGAUCCAGAGGAUGGAGAGACUGAACGCUCUGACACAGCUGAGAGAGCUGCAGCUGGCCCACAACAACAUCCAGAGGAUUGAGGGACUGGAGCUCAUGUCCAGUCUGCAGCACCUGAACUUGUCCUACAACCGGAUCGACCACGUCCCCGUGUGGAUGGGGAGGAAACUGCGCUCACUGCACACGCUUCACCUGCAACACAACCUCAUCACAUCACUGUCUGAGGUGUCCAGACUGCGUUCUCUGAGCAGCCUAUCAGAGCUGUCUUUGUCAGGAAACCCCGCCUCUUCGCUACCACACUCCCGCCUCUUCCUGCUGUACCACCUGAGGACUCUGGACAGGCUGGACAACCAGCCAAUCACACCAGAGGAAAGAGGACACGCCCAUCAGCGCUUCCACGCCGAGGAGCUGGAGCGUCUGCAGCACCAGGUGGACAGCAGCCAAUCAGAGCUGAGCAGGCUGCAGAGGGAGCGGCAGGCUGCAGUGACUCGACUCCACCAGCAGGAGGAGACGAACCGAACGCUGACGGCUCAGACAGAAACACAACGACACACACACACACUGCUGGAGCAGGAACUGCACACCAAGAACCAGCUGUUGGAGCGGACGACGGCCGAGUUGACCCGAGCCUUUCACAAACUGUACGAGCUGGAGCAGGAGCUGACGUUCUACAAGAUAGACGCCAAGCUCAGCCCUCUGCCCAUCAUACAGGAAGUCGACGCUGUGGACUCUGUGGCUGAGAGUCCGUACAUAGGCAAGGCUCGACACAUCAGGAACACCAUCACCAUCUCCUCCUCCUCCCUGCAGACCCAGGAGGACACAGACGUUCACACUGACAUGGAGUCAUCACGCCCCCUGCUUGAAGACUGCAGAACACAGCAGAGCACAGCUGAGGCUGGCCUGCAGAUGACCUGUCAGACUCAACAGCAGCUGGAGGCAGAUCUUACAGCACCUGAGGAAAACAAAACACACAGACAGGAGGUGCUGUGUUGUCUCCUCGGUAAACUGUCCGUCCUGGACAAGCUGAGAGACGAAGCAGAGGAGAUGAGCAGACAGAUGGACAGACAGACGGAGGAGAGCAGGAGGACCCAGAGAGAGACAGAAGAUCUGGAGACACAACUACUGACACUGGACAUCACAGACCCACAACAUGCCCGUGUGACGUCCCGGUUGGCCAGUGUGAGACAGCUGUUGGACAGGAUGAGCAGGAAGCAGAGCGAGCUGGAGGGUCGCCUCGACGACAUGCUGACACGCAUCGCCAUGGAGACACAGGAGAUCAAAGAGCUGGAGCAACAGCUGACCGACGGUCAGAUUUUGGCUAAUGAAGCUCUUCAGAGGGAUUUGGAGGGAAUCAUUUCUGGACUUCAGGAGUAUCUGAGAUCCCUCAGAGAGCAGGCUCGUCGAGCUCAGCAGCAGGUUCACAGUCUGCAGGAUGAAAACCAGAGUCUGCAGCUCCACCUGCAGGACGCUCAGAGACACUGCAGACAGCUGCAGGACACGGCCAGGACACACACACAGAACAUGUCCCUCCAGCAGGAGGAGCUGUCUGUGUUGCAGAUGGAGGCCCAGGCUCUGAGAGACAGACAGGUGGAGAGCAGCAGACAGCAGGUGGAGCUGGAGGCGGAGCUCCAGCAGCUGAGGGAGGAGCUAAGCCGGCAGCUCACACUGGGAAAGUUGGAGCGUGAUGCGCUGCAGGCAGCUGUAGACAAAGAGAAACAGAGCAGAGAGAUCAGAGAGUCUCAGCUACAGUCAACCAUCGACACACUGCAGGAUGACAAAUCAUCUCUCCAGCAGAUUGUUCACAAACUUCAGGCCCAACUGGACCAAACUGAAGACCAGUUACACCAGAGCAGAACCCAGUUUAAAGAGACCAGGAGCCAGCUGGAGCAGCUGUCAGCUGCCUUGUUGGAUCCUCAGCUGCAUCUGGACGAGGACAGAACCAGAGCAGAGGACAAGUCCAGUCCUGAGGACACGUUGUCCAGCAGUGUGGAACAGCUCUACAGGACCGUCCAGCAGACCAGGACUAGCAAGGAGCAGGUCCACAACCAAAACCAGCAGCAGAUAGAAAGACUGCAGGCCCAGCUGGCCCAGGACCAGGAACACAUAGCCCAGCUGGAAGCCCAGCUGGCCUGGGACCAGGACCUGGUGACCCGCGGCGUGGAGCAGGAUCAGGAGCUGCAGAGACUCCGAGACAAACUGCAGAGAUCUCAGAGCACGAACAGACACAUCCAACACAAACUGGAGGCGGAGCUACAGCAGAGCCGUCUGCAGCUUCAGGACGUCCAGCAAGAGAGAGACGCUCUGCUCCUGCAGCUGCGUUCACAGAGCGACGGUCACCAGAAGAGCCUCGCACGUCUGAACAGGAAACUACGGCAACUCAGCAGGUUCAUGUGCGACUCUGAUCAGCUGACAAGCGAACAACUGAGAUCAACCUCCGAACAGCUGAGAGCUCUGAACCGCACUGUGGAGCUGCUGCACACACAGAAAACUGUGGAUGAGCACGACGACAGCUCUCACCAAACUGAACACACACACACUCUGCAGGACGAACACACACACACUCUGCAGGACGAACACACACACACUCUGCAGGACGAACACACACACGCAGUGGAGGAGCUGAGAGCAGAGCUGGCUGAAGCUCAGCAACAUGCAAGCAGACUGAGACAGCAGCUGGACCAGGUCAGGACCAGGACCAGGACCAGGAUUAGGACCAGGACCAGGAGCAGGAGCAGGACCAGGAGCAGGACCAGGACCAGGAUCAGAGAUGGAGGCCAGUGGUGCUUCAUCCCUCCUGGACACAGUGCUCCCAGUCUGGGCUCUCAGGGGACUCAGGACUCUGGUUUGGGGCUGCAGUACCUCAGUUCUCCUGAGAGGGCACAACAGCAGCACAGACCUCCUACAGGAGGCGGGUACUGGGUCUACAUCCCCCCGGCACACACCGACUCUGACACAGGAGCAGAGUGGAGGGACAGUGGAGGAGGCAGUGAUACUGACCGCAGCUCCAGAGGAGGGACUCCUCCUCCUCCUCCUGCCCCAGCUGCAGGUGUCUCUGAGGGGCCCUCUGACGCUCAGACUCCCCUGGCUGGACCCGCCUGGCUGCUCUGUGGUUCACCUGCAGCUGUUGUCUACAGUCCUCCUGCGGGGGGCGCCGCACUGCACUGUAACAUCCCUGAACACACACACAGGGAAGGCAUGUGUGUGUGUGAAUGUGAGAGGCUCAGAGAGGCAGAGCGACUGGAGGAAGAGAAGAAGAAACUACGACUGGAAACCAAACAACUACGACACACACUGAGACGACACAGGAGUGUGAAGCUGGUGUGUGAUGAGGUGGAGUGUGUAGAGAAAACUCUGCUGAAGAGACGAGCUGAACUCCGUCAGGCUGACAGACUGCUGCUGGAGGCUCAGAGCUGCAUACACACCACCAGAGACCAGGCCAGAUCAGCCCAGCGGGAGGCGGACACCUUGCAGCACAGAGCUCAGGACAGCGCCACCUGUCUGCUGGAAGCCACGCAGCACGUCAGAGAGCUGCAGGAGGAGCUGGAGGAGCUGAGGAGGAGGAGGCAGCUGGAGGAGCAGACUCUGAGGGAGGUGGAGGAGGUGCUGAGGAGCAGAGAUCAGAAGUUCCAACAACUCAGCACGAAAACACACUCAGCUGCAGACAGACUGGCUCUCGUGCUGUCGGACUGUCAGGAGGCUCAGAGGCGUCUGGACUCGGUGAACAGUCAGGUGGAGCAGCAGGAGCAGAGGCUGCUUCAGGGGAAGGAGGAGCAUCACGCCGCUCUGAGCAGACUGAAGGAGGUCAGACAGGAGGAGCAGCGACUGCAGGACGCCGUCAAGGAGCUGUGGGAGCAGCAGGAGGUGCUGUUGAGUGAGAGGAGGUCUUCAGUCUCUGCUGUGAACGAGGAGGAGCAGAAACUCCUCACGCUGCAGUCUGAGCUCAACACCCACAGAGCAGAGCUGAAACGGGUCCUUCAGGAGCUGCUUGCAGAGCAGCAGGCUUUGGAGGAAGUGAAAACCAAGCGCACCCAGACUCUCCAGCGGCUCCACAAGAAGAAAGACGAGCUGGACGGAACCAAGGACGAGCUGGACAGAACCAAGGAUGAGCUGCACGGAACCAAGGACGAGCUGCUCAUGAAGCAAGAAGAGUUGGACAGGAAGCGGGAUUUGUUGGACGGGAUACAGGACGAGGUGGAGAAGAAGAAGGACGAGCUGGUAAACAAGCAGCACAAGUCGGACCAGAAGAGACACAAACUGGACAAAAUGCAGGAUGAAGUGGAGCGGAAGAGGGAGGAGCUGGCUGCGCUGCAACAGGAAGUUGAUUCCCACAGAAAAGAGUCAGAGUCACGUCUCAAAAAUACUAAACAGCAGCGAACAGAACUGCAGGAGCUGCAGGAGGAGCUGAGCAGGAGGAGGGAGGAGAGCAGCAGCCUGCAGGAGCAGUGUAAACACCUGGAGGCCAGACGGAGGCACGCCGACAGGUGUCUGUCAGCGACGGAGGCGGAGCUUGCUAAACAGAGGGAGGAGCAUAGCCGCGCCCAGCUCCUUAAACAGGAAGUGAUCCGAGAUACGGCAGCCGCUCAGGAGCAGCUUAAUGAGAACUCCGAGCUGCUGUCGCUGCUCAGUGAACAGCUGGAGCAGAAGAAGAAGCAGCUGCAGACUGUUGAACAGGAGCUGAAAGAGUCCAGUCAGCAGCAGCAGAGAGCAGAACACAUCCAACACAAACAGGUGUCUGCUGGGUUGGACGAUGUUAAAGCUGCAGCGUGUCAGCUGGAGGACAGGGGGCGCCGUCUGAACCACCAGCAGCUGCAGCUCAACCAGCUCAGUGAGCAGCUGUGGCAGAGAGAGAAACAGCUGCUUUGUGAGGAGGAGGGGCUUAUCCACAUGAGGGCGGGGCUACAGCGGAAAGGGGAGGAGCUAAUUCAGACAGAGGAGGGGCUACAGAAAAAACAGGAGGAGCUCCAGAAGAAAGAGAAGGAGGAGGACAGCAGGGAGGUGUUAAAGGAGGAGGACGAGUCUUUCUAUCUGUCUACAGCUGGUCUGAGAUCAGCUUUCAACACUGAGGAGGAGAGGUGGAAGGUUGAGUUGCAAAGAGAAAAACUGAGACAACAAGAAGACCGACUAAAGGCUCGUCUUCGCUGCAGUUUGUGGAACCAGCAGGAGAAUCUGGAGGUGAGACGACUGGAGACGGAGGAGAGUUUACUGGGACUGAAACACAGACUGGACCAGCUGGACUCACUGCUCACACACACUGAAACACACACUCCCUAACACACACACACACACACACACACCAAACAUUCAGUAACCCGUCUGUCUGACUUUAACAGAGAAACAUAUGCAGCUCAAACUGACGUAACUUUAUGAAUCUAGAGUCACGCAGCAGCCGAUUAAACUCACACAAUGUUUUCAAAACCUCACACAUCCUUCUUCUCCUGUUCACACACGACUAAACAUGAAGAGAUACUGUCGUCCUUCUCAAGUUCAGCUGCAGAUAAUACGAGUCCUCAUCAGUCUGAGUUACACAAAUCAAGUCUGUUACAGUCUGUUUAGUUC